AUGUCUAUAGGACACUUGCCAUUUGAACUUGUCAUUAGCAAGCAACCAUUGACUCUCUUUAAGCUUGUGAAAUAUGAUACUUGCUAAUUGCUUACUCUUUUACCAAGAACGACAAUGAUCUCAUUGAAGAAGCAUGAGAGUCAUUGACAAGAGUAGCCCAAAGUAUGAAGAAAAAUACUAAUCAACACCAACGAGAAGUUGAAUAUGUAGUAGGGGACUGGGUACUAUUUUGUAUCUAUCCUACUCACAAGAGCCUCCAAAUAUAG